UGCAAAACGGUUCACUUCUCGUCCAGCUUACGCUUCUGCUUUCUGUGUGGGUGUGGGUGUGCGUGUUGGCCAAGAGCCUGUGUAGAGAAAAAGCCAAAUUAUCGGCCAUUAGCUGCAGCACAGCACUUUGCUUUUUGCGAGUAGAAAUUUAUCGAAUUUGCUGCAGGACAAUUUCCGCUUCGAACGCGCGUUUGUGUGGGUGAAAGGACGAGUGAUUGCGUUCAGUGUCGCUUCUGUUGCCUUGGUUGCCACACCAACACAAAAACCACACAAGUACACCUCACACACACUCGCACACACUCGCCAUCCUUGGAGAAAAGUGAAAGUGAGACGCCCCAGCGACCCGGAAAUCGGACAGCUCGGUAUUUUUCGCAUUUGGCGCACAACUUGGCUGGAAAAAAGUUAGUGGAAAACCCCCAGCUGCGAAAGUUUCAACAAUUUUCCACACGUUAACCGAAAUUCAAUCAAAUUCUACCCCCCACCCCAACCUGCUCCCCCCGCUCGACUUUCUCUUUUACUCUCUCUCUGAUUUAUGCGUGGCACAUACAACAUUUUCGCAUUCCCCCCUUACUUUCCUCUUGUUGGCACACACUUAUACACAGCACAUUUUUGGUAUCCCCCCAACGCCCAACCCCUUUUUAACCUUCAAUUUCUGGCAUGCUGUAAAUUGUACUGAAUACACGAGAGUUUCUCUUAAAUUUUGUCGAAACACUUUUGUAAAUACUUUUUGAACUGUCUUGGCAAGCGAACUUUUUGUAUACGAUUUUUCCCACUUUGCUCACUUUUGGAAUUGCAGUCGAAAUGAUUUAAUAUUAAGCUAGCAAACGGAUUUCCCCAAUCCGUUGCUGGAAACAAGAACUGUAUGUGUAAAAUAAAAGAACUUAUCUAAAAGAAAUAUCUGAGGGAGAGGGACCAGAGACCGAAUUCACACUGCAACAGUAAACCCAGAUGCCCGAGGCAUUGAUUCUUCCCGGCAUGGCUGACGCAGAGCCGGACCUCUCGACGUUCGAGAACAAGACGGGCCUGGCGGAGGACAUGAAGUUCCUGGCCUCCAUGCCCGAGCUGUGUGACGUAACCUUCCUGGUGGGCGACACCCGCGAACCCGUCUGUGCCGUCAAGGCCGUGCUGGCAUCCCGGUCCCGGGUUUUCGCCAAGAUGCUCUACGCCGCCCCCUCGCCCCAGCGGAAGAGGGAGACCUCCACCAAGGAGAACAAGCUGCGCCUCUUCCUGAAGCGCUCCUCGGAGCCGCUGCUCAACCUGCAGAAUGCCGCACAACAGAGAACCGGUUUCACCCAACAAUUAGCUCCGAUACCCGAGCCCUCAGGUCAGCAGCAUCAGACCCUGAUCAUUGAAGAGUUCGAGCCGGAUGUGUUCCGUCAACUGAUCGAGUAUAUCCACACGGGCUGUGUGACCUUGCAGCCUCGCACUUUGCUGGGUGUCAUGAAUGCCGCUGACUACUAUGGCCUCGAGGAGCUGCGUCGCGCCUGUGCGGGAUUUGUGCAGUGCUGCAUCAAUGUGGACACUGUUUGCGCCCUGUUGGCCUCCGCCGAGCGCUAUAUCCAGUACAAGUGCACCAAGACCCUGGUGCAGAAGGUCCUGGAGUUCGUCGACGAGCAUGGAACUGAGGUGCUCAACCUGGGCAGCUUCACCCUGCUGCCGCAGCACGUGGUCCGCCUGAUUUUGGCCAGGGAGGAGCUUAGGGCAGAUGAGUUUACAAAGUUUCAGGCGGCCCUGAUGUGGAGCAAGAAGUACUAUGAUAACAAUCCGAACAUUGACAUCAAGGAGAUACUGGGCACCUUCUGCGAGUACAUCCAGUUCCACAAGAUCCCGGCCAAUGUCUUGAUGAGGGAGAUCCAUCCGCUGAACCUGGUUCCCUACGCGAUCAUUAUGAACGCGCUAGCUUAUCAGGCAGACCCAGAAAGCAUCGACCCCGGAAAGCUGUCUCCCAACUCUAGCCGACACCACCACCGCCACCGCCACCACAACCAGUCGCUGCCCAAGAUCCGCAAAGCCAAGUCGCAGUCCUUCCGCACGCGACGCAGUCCCUCGGAGCGGCGGAGUCCCAACAAUGCCCCCAAUCUCACCCUGAAUACCUCGCUGGCCUCGGGCAAUGGCGAGAAGAAGCGCAGCCCACUGACUCCCAAGAGUCCGGUGGUGCCAGUGCCGGAGUCCAAGAGUCCCGGCAGCAGUUCCCAGAAGACACCCACUUCGCUCUCUCGCCAGGGAACUCUGCGCGCCUCGAAUCGCCGGAAGAACAGUGGACAGCUCUCUAUAUCGCUGGGCACCCAGGGCAGGCGAAGUCCCGUGGGUCUCAACGAUCGCAGUCCCCAGGGUCGACGAAGCCCACUCUUCCCGAGCAGCGGAUUGAGGUCACCAAACGACCCGAUGACCAGUCCCACGGUCAGAAGUCCCACUGGAGAACCACGGAGAAGUAGUCCCACCUUCAGUGUGCACACACAGGAACGCAGAUCGCCCUUGGGGGCAGUGGCUCCCACGGACUUUGGCUGCCAGUUCGGAGUUCCGGGCACACGAAGGAGUCCCACCUCCACGGUUCAUGUCCAGGACAUGGCCACUGAGCCGGAAGAGGCGGGCUUCGUGGGAUUCAAGCGACCGUCGAUCAGCCUCUUUACGCCCAUCUAUUUCGCCAGUGAGAAGCGCUCACCAAUGGGUCCCAUACCCCCAAUAACCGUCUCCAAUCCCGCCGAAACCUACAAGAGUGCGGAGCGGGAACGCGAGGCGGCGGAGGCUGCUGCCCGGGAAAGGGAAAAGGAGAAGGAAAAGGAGGCAGCCCAGCCGCAGGAGAAGAAGAGCGUGAUGCGCGAGAUCCUGGCCUUUGUGAGGAAGCCCUCCAAGCAUCUGAGCAGCCGAACGAAUCGCUUUGCCAACGCCUUCACCCGGGCGGAAUCAGGCUCAUCCGGAGGUCCUUUGAUCCGGCAGAGCACCUUCUCGGCCAGUCCAGCGGCUUCCUCGACGGCCGCCAAGAGUGCUGUUCAGAAGCAAAUGUCCGAGGUGGGCUUCGAGCCAAAGAUUGCCCACAAGUUCACCCACUACGCCAAGAUGUCCUUGCGUCUGAGGAGAUCCACCAAGCGCGACGAGGAGGAAAAGGAGAAGCAGAAGCAGGGCUCCGCCGCCGGUUCCAAGAGGCCCAGUGCAGACCUGAGCCAGGCCAACGCGGAGCAACAGGUAGGUGGAUCCUCGGACGAGCUGCCCUUCGAGCUGGCCAACGUGCACUUCGAGAAGGUAGGUGAGUCGUAUAUCAAGCAUGAGAGGCUGCGCGAGUUGCAAGAGCCCGAGGCCGACAAGGAGGAGGAAACCGAAGAGGAUGUCAAGCCGGAAGCGGCAACGGAAGCGGAGGUGGAGCAAACCGAUGCAGCCAUGGCCCAGUUCGUGGAGGAGGUCACCAACUCCCUGAAAGUGGUGGCCCUCAACGGCGAGGGCGGCGCUGCUGCAGUGCAUCACUUCACCCGCCGUUCGGAGAGCCGCGAGCCCAUCGAGCCGCGUAUCAGCGAGGAACGGGAAUCCGACUCCAAUGACCUGAUGAUACCUGACGAAAUGCGCGCCGAGCUGGUAGAGAUUUUGAAGGCCUACGCCCCCGAACCAGUUUAUGUGAAUCUGCAGGCACUGCGGCGGGAGACCGAAGAUGCGGAUCUGGCCAUCGCCCAGGCCGAAGCCGCUGUCCUGGCGGCCUCGGCGGCUGAGCCCGCGAAGAAGCCGCUGCAGUGUCCUACCAUCGAGUUUGAGCCACCGUCGCGACGCUCCUCCUUCGAUCCGCCGCGAUCCCCCUUCCUCGAGCAGCUCCGCAGUCCUGGGGUGGACACGGAAACCGAUCUGAUCAAUCUGCAGCGCCUGGACUCUGGUGGCGACAGCUUCGAGCUGGUGGAGAGCAAGUGGAGCAAGUCCAGUCGCGGGGAGUCUAGCUUCGAUUGUCCCUACUCCUCCAGGGACACUAGCUUCGAUGUCUCCAUUUCGCGGUACCAGUCAACCAGCUAUGAGGAUCAAACCUCGAGCUUUGAGAUUGUGGACACCGAUGAAAAGGCACAGGGCAGAAGGGCGGUGGACCUGCGCAAGAGCUCCAUAGAGCUGGUGGAUGCGGAGACCUUCCAGAGGUCGGGCUCCUCCUGCGGGGGUCGCAAGUCCUCGCUGGAGACCCACUUUGAUUACACGCCCACCGAGGGCGGUGGUGGCCGUUCGCCCAGCCUUCCGUUUCCGGCAAUGACCAAGAAGCAGCGCACGGAGAACUUCCGCCAGCUGCACGUGUCCCAGUUCAGUGCCUUCUCCAGGGCACGCAGUCCACUGUCCCAGCAGACCUCCUCGAACUAUAGCUCCAGGGACAGCUACGACUCGAGUGGCUCCUAUCCCCAUGGCUAUGGCUAUCCGCCGGAGCCCCAGAGGAGUCCCUACGGAGAUCCCAGUCGCAAGCACUUUCCGCUGACAGUUCGUCAGAAGGGCGAGGAGGAGCGUGAGGUGCGCACCUUCCUCUGCACCGACCAGAGAUGUGCCUCGAUCUUCGAGCCGCGUCCCAGUUCCGUGCUCACCCAGCAGCUGUCCACCGGAUCCAUGUCCACCCCGUCGGGCUACACCAACGGGACGCCCAGGGUUCCAGGCGUUGCUGCCGUGGGACCUGUUCCCCUGCCCCAUCCCACCGGGCCGCUCUCCUCCUGCGGCUUCUCCAGCGGCAGUGAGUUCGAGCCUCCAUCGCCCCGAAGGGCGGCCAGCGCCUCGCCCAAGCACACCUUCACGUUCCGCAUCGUGAUGAAGAAGGUGGACAGCUCGCCGGAGGCACUGUGCCCGGAAAGGCACCGCUCGAGGAUCAUAGAUCGCUACAGGAGGCGCGACAGUCGCCGGAAGCGAAUCCACGAUGCGGGAAAGAGCUUCUAGGGGGCUCUAGGGGCAGCCAGCGAUGGGAAAAGUACUUAGAUAGCAAAGGGCAAUAUGGUAAAAUAUGAUAAAUUUAAUUAAUUGUUGCACAAAAUAUCACAGUCAGUUGAUCAAAGUAAAUACCUUUAUUCCAAGAUAUAAACCUUAAAAAAAUAACUGCCUUUUAUAACCUUGUAACGGGUGUAAUAUCACCACUACAAAAUAACGUAAAGAAUAAAUCUCAGAACAAAUCAAAAGCUCUAACGCCGAAUCAAAUCCUCAAAGUUAAAAGCAUAUUGCUAGGAAAGAUAACUACACUUGAAAAAACAUUUCGAUGUUCAGUAUGAAUAAGAUAGAUUAACAUUUAAGAUCAGAAUACAAUUUAUACAUGUUUACGUGUGAGUCUAGUCAUUUGAUGUUAAGUACCUGUAAUUUCAUAUUUUUUGUAAAGUUUUCCUAAAGCGUAAAGGCAAUACAUUUGUGGAGUGUGUAAGAUAUAAUUCUUUUUUUGGUAGCUAGUUUCCUACUUCCCAUCGCUGGCACCGAACCAGGCAAACCUCAUAAUACAUUCGCGGCAAUCUCUUGAUAUCUCUACGAUACGCAUAUAUUUUUGACAAUCUCAGUGUUGAAUCUAUAUAGGACCUCUCAUAAUCGCAAUCUCCUAGGGUUAAGCAUGACGCCGAACCACCGGCGUUCGGUAAUCAAACUUUAUAAAAUGGUUCUGGUUUUUAGGCCGUUUCAAAAGCUCUACCAAAGCGCGAACUUCGGCCCACCGAAGUCAGGCGAUCCGGCCCCCGCCUUAUCGGGGGUCCGGCCCUUAUGAUCUCUGCUGAUUUGUCAAGCAACCCUCAAUAGAUCCGUGGUUACAAACUGAACGAUUGCUUAGGCAGCUAACCGAAAAUGUGUAUUCUAAAUAUUAAACAAACUUAUGCGCAACAAUAAUUCCUCCCACGAUUUACCUGACUACUAUUUAAACAACAAUAGAUCAAAAGUUUAUAUGUAUACGUGUGCAUAAGAGUUCACACUUCGAUGUUGUAAUUAAUGUGGAAAUGUGGAAACCGAAAUCAGAAGGAGAUAAUAUUCUAAGUAUUUGUGCAUUUUUACGUGGUUCCUGUUAUAUAGCUAUAGAUAUAUGCGCUACCCAGCGCGAGUAUUACAAAUUUUUGAUGGCAUAAUAUAAUCGAUAUACAGUAUAUGAUUCUAAAUAACCUAAGGAAUAACAAAUUCUAAACGUAACCGAACUGCGCUGCUAUUGCAAGAGGUUAGAGAAGUUUUUCUAGAUAACUCCUAAGACUAAGAUCAGGCAAAAUUAUGCGCACUUGUGUGUGCACAUGUUUGUAUAUUAAAGCUGGAUUCGGGGCCGUACUUAAACCUUAAAAUUAUAGGAAAGCAUCCACUUUUGUGCCGCGCAAAGUGUGAGACGUGGAAAAAUUGUAUUAUCAAAUUAAUAUUUAUUGUUAAACUUUGAGCAACAUUUUUGGACUCUGUGUUUGUUAGAUAAAGAGAAUCCCUUUAGGCGAAUCCUAAAUUUAAGCGGAGCAUCCGAAGAAUCAUAGUUUACACAGUAUACACAUUGUAUGUCAUACUCUAAAGGGAGUAAGAACAGUUGGCUUUUUAGCAAGUUACUCGUAAGAAGAAAGAUAUCAGCAUUUUACAGGUAAUUACGCUUCAUGAGCAUUUAAUUCCAACUAAUGAUAGCUAACCGUAUCGAUAACCACACAUCAAUUGCCACCAGCCGACAUCUUGGAUCUCUGGGAGACCCAUCGAUCCAGAACUAUAGUACACUCGUAACUAAUCGGAAUGCCAGUAGAAACGUUGAUAUUUUGAUUUGUAGUUGCUUGUUUUGAAACUAACCAACAGUCGCUGACCAAAUCGCUUGACCGCUUGACACAUUUUCAAUCGAUUUUCCGUUGCGCCUCUGAAUGCUUGUGAGAGGUCGCCAACGGGCCGCCAAUGGAGAUUGUAGCGAUUCAAAUCCCGGCCAGAGCAGCCAACUACAAUUUCACAAUGCCAACUUCUUCUAUUUGCAGAGCGGGUUUACAGUGUGCCAGCUGGAUCGGAUGUGGAUUUAGCCCAGGUUGCCGAGCAUUCAUUGCGUUAUUUAGCAAUCCCCUUGUCCGGGUUUUUAUUCAAGAGGAUGUCGUGGUCGUGGCAUUUGUUAGACUAAGUCCAGUUCCAGUUCCAGUUCAAAUCAAAUCGAAUCGAAUCGCGUUAAAUGUUUACUUUGUAUUUGUACUGCUAUUGUUACCGCUCACAUACAUACUCGAAUAGUUAAAGCUAAAACCUUCAUACAUUAUGUGCGUUCGUUUUUAUUGUAAUUUGAGAGAAAAAUAAAGCCCAGAUUUCUGUGUUACCUUCAA